AUGUCACACGCAACGAUGGUGGCUACAGCUUCGCCGCGUGUCCCAGCCGUGCGCUUGGCCGCUAACCGGCCGCGGCGGCAGAGACCACCCUCGAAGGUCCCAAACAAAGACCAAAACCGGAAUCUCUCUAAAAACCCUGCUCUUGGCUUUGGUAUCAAGAAGAAAAAUCCUGUGUGGCAGUGUGUACAGAACUGCGGUGCUUGCUGUAAGCUCGACAAGGGCCCCGCAUUCCCCUACCCUGAAGAAAUCUUUGAGGACCCUUCUGACAUCGAGUUAUAUAAAAGCUUGACUGGUCCGGAUGGGUGGUGCAUUCACUAUGAAAAGAGCACAAGAAAAUGCUCCAUUUAUGCAGAUCGUCCAUAUUUCUGUCGAGUGGAGCCCGGCAUUUUCGAGGAAUUGUAUGGAAUUGACAAGAAAAAGUUCCACAAGGAAGCUUGCAGUUCUUGUGUAGAUACAAUUAAAGCUGUGUAUGGAUUACAAUCGAAAGAGUUGGAUAAUUUUAAACGUGCAAUAUGGAGCAUGAGCUCACAAUGA